GGUCUCGGGCGCCCAAUGAGUUUGUGCUGCGCGUCCUUCGGCCUGGCCGGGCUGAGCCCGUCACUUCCUGCCCCUGUAGCCGGCACGACUGAAGCAGAAAUCCUGGGGAGGAGGGGGGCGGGGAGGUUGCGCUGCGUUCGCCACCAACAUGCCCUUUGAUUUCAGGAGGUUUGACAUCUACAGGAAGGUGCCAAAAGACCUUACACAGCCAACCUUCACAGGCGCAAUCAUCUCUGUUUGCUGCUGUUUCUUCAUACUGUUUCUCUUCUUGUCUGAACUGACUGGAUUCAUAGCCACUGAAAUUGUUAACGAACUCUACGUGGACGAUCCAGACAAAGACAGUGGUGGCAAAAUAGAAGUUAAUUUGAACAUCAGCUUGCCAAAUCUGCACUGUGAAUUAAUUGGGUUGGAUAUUCAAGAUGAAAUGGGAAGACAUGAAGUUGGCCAUAUUGACAACUCAAUGAAAAUUCCUCUGAAUAAUGGGAAUGGAUGCAGGUUUGAGGGUCAUUUCAGUAUCAACAAGGUUCCGGGUAAUUUUCAUGUAUCAACGCACAGCGCCACUGCGCAGCCUCAGAAUCCUGACAUGACACACUUCAUCCACAAACUCUCCUUUGGUGACAAGUUACAGGUCCACAACAUUCAUGGAGCAUUUAAUGCAUUGGAAGGAGCAGAUAAGCUUGGCUCAAACCCCCUUGCAUCCCACGAUUAUAUACUGAAGAUUGUUCCCACUGUGUAUGAAGACAUGAGUGGCAAACAACGGUACUCGUACCAAUACACCGUAGCUAAUAAGGAGUACGUAGCAUACAGCCAUACCGGGCGCAUCAUACCAGCCAUCUGGUUUCGCUAUGACCUGAGUCCCAUCACAGUGAAAUACACAGAAAGGCGACAGCCCUUGUAUAGAUUUAUCACAACGAUUUGUGCCAUCAUUGGAGGAACAUUCACUGUGGCUGGGAUUCUUGACUCCUGCAUUUUCACUGCCUCUGAAGCCUGGAAAAAGAUCCAACUUGGGAAGAUGCAAUAGCAAAGCAACUCUUAUCCAGAUCCUGCGGGGAAAUGCAAAGAACGAGAUGCCCACUGCUAUCCAUUGUUCUCCUUUGUAUCAGUUUCAGUUGGUUAAUGUCACUUGCUAGCUCCUUGAAAGCGUUUUAACGGAGCAAAAAAUACCCCAAGAAAACCCAAGUCUCUGAAAGUUGGCAACAUUAACAAGAGGCUGUGGUUGUAUAUAUUCCAUCCUCUGAAAAUUAUUUUUAAGGUUAGUUGCCUUUAUGAUUUAAAAUCAAAUCCUAUGGAUCUGACUAGUAUAAUUAUUUUAAAAAUCUCACUGAUACUGAAGUUAGGGCAAAAACGUAGUUAUGACUAAUUUUGCAAAUCAGAUUUUCUCUCAGAACUCUGUAAUUGGACAGAGUUUUAUGAUAAAAUUAUGCAUUAAAAAAAGCCAAACUAGCCUGAAUAUUCAGAGCAGCAAUAACAAUACAUUGAUUGAUUGGCUGUGAAGUAUUUGUUCUCAACAUGAAUAGGAACAGGUUAGGGGAAAUGGCACCAUGAUCUUUUUGGUGGUGCCUGAAAUGCUUCCCUUUGCAAGCAUGCCCACUCCCUGGGUGACAUUACCAAAUAGGUUUAAAAUGUUAUCAGUACCUGAUUCUCCAGCAGAGUUAUAAUAAGGGAAGAGAACCGUCUAUUUAUUUUACUCUCCUGGGCUGUUAAAGUAUUUUCACUUCUUUCCAGCAACUGAAUAUCCAGCCUUAAUGUUUACACCUUGCAUAAAGUAACAGAAAAAGUAGAAUAAGGGCACAAUCCUAUUGGUUUGCGCCUCACGUCCAUGCAUCCAGUACCCUGCCAGGCUAAAACCAGCAGGAUGGCAGAACAGGUGAUCUUCGCCUCCCAUCCUCUGAUUGCUGGUUCUUUUUUAUUGUUUUUUUGCUAGAUGGCGCUUCAUAGAGGGAGGGAAGGCGCCUAGAAGAAGCAUAGCGUAGCUCAUCUUUGCCUCUCCGGUCUCCUCCCCCUCCUCACCUGCCAGAGCAUCCCUUUUCCCCUCUUCAAGGUCAGUUUUCCAACCUUGAGGGCAGCCAGCAUGGUUCUUUCUGUACCUAUGGGAAGGGAGACAGGUGAGGGGGCUGGAUCUCUGCCUCCCUCUUCUGAGGUCUGAGCACUCUCUCCAACCUCGGAGGGGGGACUCCUACUAUCCAGUGGCUCCCUCAGGCAAUGACUUGGGGGCAUAGGAUUAGGCCCUUAAUGAAUUAAGAAUAUAAUAUGUUGCUUUUGUAUAUAAAGGGGAGUAUCUUAUCUGUUUCUGCAUUUUUGUGAGUUCUUGUCCUGCCUUUUGAAACACAUACUAGCCAGUUAUCCAAGGUAGAAAUUUUGAGUUGAAGGAAAAGCGAGAGUACUCAAGUAAGCUGAGUAGAAGAGUAUUACUUUAAAAGGCAUGUGGUGUAUUGCAGAGAUACAGAAAACACAGGACACAUAGCCUUCAGUAUGAGGAAUCCAAAUCCUUGUGCAACUUUUUCAAUGAUUUGCUCUUCUUUAAAAUAAUUUUAGAUUGCUAACAUUUGCCAAAUUGACAACCACAAUGGCAAGGGCAUAUUAUUUACUGAUUCAUAGGAAAUAGGUAGAGCACUGUGAAAAACAAGACGAGGUUUGCUAUACAGAAAUUUCUCUGCUGAUGUAUUUCAAUCUUAAGUAUAAAACAAUAGUUUGUUCAAGCCCGCAGUAAGUGGAGGGAAGGCAGAAAUACUGCCUGGUGUAGUUUUUAAUAUGCUAUCAACAUUGGCUCAUAGGGAACUAGAAUAAGAUCCAUCAGUUAAUUUUCAUAGACCUCAAAUAGUUCUUUGAUAUAUGAACCAAGUGAUAAUUAUUGCAUGCUUUGUACAUUUUAUAUUACCUAGGAUUGCACACACAUCAGCUGUGUGUUCUCUAGGUUUUGCAAUACUUCUUAAACACUAAGACUGAGUUCACAUGAAUGAUAACCCACACUCAGUGGUUGAGUAUAGGUUGAGUGUGGGCUGUUGUUGAACUGUGGGUAAUCAUGUUGUCUGAACUCAGUGCUUUUUCUACAGGGUGGCUUAUUUUUAUUAAACAAGCAACCCUGAGAACCUAUGGUUUGUUGUUGGGUUGUGAACUGUGGGUUGAUUAUGAUUAACAAGCCAUGGUUUGUUAGCACAGCUGGGUUCAGACAACACAAUAACCCAUGGUUCAACAACAACCCACACUCAACCCAUACUCAACCACUGAGUGGGGAUUAUCAUGUUGUAUGAACCCAGUCUAAGAAUGUCCAUGUUUCAGUUUUGAAAAAAAGGCAUUCUUUUAUUGUGGGAAUAGUGUGUCUGGUCCUUUAAGGUUUACCUUCUUAAAAUUUGAAAGUGUCAAAUCAAUACACUUUGAUUAAAUGACUUUGGCCCAGAAGUAUUUCACAGUACAAUUCUAUGCAUGUUUAUUUGAAAGUAAUGCCAUUGAAUUCAAUGUGGCUUCCUCCUAAGUAAAUAAGUAUAGAAUUGCAGUUUCAAACUGCCCAGUUUAUCUGUUGAAAUUUUCACUGUGUUAUGGUGUAGGGAAGGUAUUCACUUUUUUUCUUAUAAAAUUUUUGCUGAUUGUGUCACCAUCCCUUUCUUUUCUGAUUUCCCCCCAAUCUUUUUACAUUGUAAAGCAUCUUUAGAAUUUCCCCCUACUUUUAAUAUGAAAUGAUUUAUUAUCUUGGUGUAAAACUGGACCUUGUAAUUUCCUGUAUCUUGUUUAAUAUUUUGAUGGAUUUUAUACAUUUUUUUCAUUCGCAAAAAUCAAGUUGAAAAUAAUACAUGUGUGUGUUCA